AUGUGUGUCUACUACACCAAUUUAUGCCCGCGAGGUCAUCAUAUUCUUGUUCACGCCACUGCUUGCCGAGCAGCACAUCAACGAGGACCACAUCGACUAGGAGAGUACUGCGUACACAAUGAUAUAACACUGCGUAAUAGGUCCCAGCGAAGAUUGUUUUCAACGGAGUCAUGUCCCGUAUGCCAUGAUGUAAGAUUUCCAGCUGCGAGACCAGCUGAUAAUCCAAAUGAUGGUGGUGGUGACAAUGGCGGAGACAACAACGACGACGAUGAUGAUAAGAAUGACAAUAGUGGCAAGGGGAGAAGGAAAGACGAGCGAAGAGCAGAUGUUACGCUGGCUUCUUUACCUGCGAUUCGAGCAGAGGAGCGUAGGCGCUCCCUAAAUAUUAUUCCGCCAAGAAAGAGAGCUACACGCAUCAUAAGAAGGCGUGCGCCAGACCAUCAAGAGGGCGUCUCGAAAAAAGCACUCUCAGGACAAGCAAAUGGAAGACAACAAUACCCACUGCACCUCAAGACAUUGGAGAAGAAUUCAAGGAUCAAGGCCGAGAAAGUGACAAGGGAUAGAUUUUCGAAAGAUGAAUAUGAAGAGGACGAGGAUUUCUGA